ACAAAUGCAACUGCAAGAGUUCUCAGGCUAUUACAUCAGGCAGCACAACAGAUGUAACAGCGUGGCGAGGCGGCGAGAGAUUCGAUCCCGGUAGUGUCACAUCUGAAGCCCUUCACGAAGGCAGCCACAGCCAAAGGAAGAUGCCCCUGGGGCAACCUGGACACCGGGACAGCCCUCCCUUACAGUGCGACCUCCGCCCCUAGGUUAGCUCCUCCUCCCACCGGACGGCCCCGCCCCCGGAACAGCCUUCACUGAAGGACCACCCGGGCGGUGGGGACUUCCUCCGCUCCCUGUCCGGGUCUCGGCCGCCUCCCGGCCACCUUCUCGGCUCCGCCGCGUCCAUCCAUACACUUACGAAGCUCGGCCCCACUCCGGCCACGCCUGACCCGGCUCGGCCUGGCCAACUCCUAGUUGUACUCGGGCCCUCUGCCUCCGCGGGAACCGUUAUUCUUACCGCCGGGCCCCGCGGGAGGCAUAGCUAGGAAGCGGAACCCGGCGACCACGCCAAUAGGGAGCCCGCAAGGGGGCGCACGUGCGCGCUGCCAUAAGUCUGGGGUCCCGCCGGCGUGGGUGGAGGCUCGCUCCCAGCGCCACGAGGACUGGCCAAUGGGAGAGCGCGCUGCGAGGCUCAGAGGUCCGCACCGCGGCGCUGAAAACCCGGACUGGUGGACUAUGGGAUUCCGGCGCGCGCCAGCGGACCCGCUCCAGGAGCACGCGAGGCCGGCACGCGCUAUCGUGUGAACGCUGGGCGCGCUCUUGACAUCCGCUGCCCGGCUGGUGCGCGGAGUCGCCAGGCCAGCCAUGGCCCCAGAGCCGCUGGCGGCAGAGACACCGGCUCAGGGGUCCUCUCUACGUUACUUCACCUGGGAAGAGGUGGCGCAGCGCUCCGGGCGCGAGGAGCGGUGGCUAGUGAUCGACCGGAAGGUGUACAACAUCAGCGAGUUCACCCGCCGGCACCCAGGGGGCUCCCGGGUCAUUAGCCACUACGCCGGGCAGGAUGCCACGGACCCGUUUGUGGCAUUCCACAUCAACAAGGGCCUUGUGAGGAAGUAUAUGAACUCGCUCCUGAUUGGAGAACUAUCUCCAGAGCAGCCCAGCUUUGAGCCCACCAAGAAUAAAGAACUGACUGAUGAGUUCCGGGAGCUGCGGGCCACAGUGGAGCGGAUGGGGCUCAUGAAGGCCAACCACAUGUUCUUCCUGCUGUAUCUGCUGCACAUCCUGCUGAUGGAUGUCACUGCCUGGCUUACACUUUGGGUCUUUGGGACAUCCUUCGUGCCCUUCCUCCUCUGUGCAGUGUUGCUCAGUGCAGUGCAAGCCCAGGCUGGCUGGCUGCAGCAUGACUUUGGGCACCUGUCAGUCUUCAGCACCUCCACAUGGAACCAUCUGCUACAUCAUUUUGUGAUUGGCCACCUGAAGGGGGCCCCUGCCAGUUGGUGGAACCAUAUGCAUUUCCAGCACCAUGCCAAGCCCAACUGCUUCCGCAAAGACCCAGACAUCAAUAUGCAUCCCUUCUUCUUUGCCUUGGGGAAGAUCCUCUCUGUGGAGCUUGGGAAACAGAAGAAAAAGUACAUGCCAUACAACCACCAGCACAAGUAUUUCUUCCUGAUUGGGCCCCCAGCCUUGCUGCCUCUCUACUUCCAGUGGUAUAUUUUCUAUUUUGUUAUCCAGCGGAAGAAGUGGGUGGACUUGGCCUGGAUGAUCACCUUCUACCUCCGCGUCUUCCUCACUUACAUGCCGCUAUUGGGGCUGAAAGGCUUCCUGGGCCUCUUCUUCAUGGUCAGGUUCCUGGAAAGCAACUGGUUUGUGUGGGUGACACAGAUGAACCACAUCCCCAUGCACAUUGAUCACGACCAGAACAAGGACUGGGUCUCCACCCAGCUCCAGGCAACAUGCAACGUCCACAAGUCUGCCUUCAACGACUGGUUCAGUGGACACCUCAACUUCCAGAUAGAGCACCAUCUUUUCCCCACAAUGCCCCGGCACAAUUACCACAAAGUGGCUCCCCUGGUGCAGUCCCUGUGUGCCAAGCAUGGCAUAGAGUACCAGUCCAAGCCCCUGCUCUCAGCCUUUGCCGACAUUGUCCACUCACUGAAGGAGUCAGGGCAGCUCUGGCUGGAUGCCUAUCUUCACCAAUAACAGCAGCACCCCCUGCCCCAAGUGGAAGAAGAAGAGAACUCUGGAACCAAAACAGAAGAGCUUAAGGGACAACACCACUACAAUUCUAAUAUUCAGAGGGGGUUGGGGGCAUAAAGGCUCUGACUC